AUGGAACUCGUCGGUCCCCAACGCGCACAAUGGGUUGAUCUUGUGCGAGAGUUGACGAAUGUCCUCCACCGUGAAGACCAAGUCGCUACCACUGUUGGACCAUUCGUCAGUUCUCCAUGUCUGUCCCUCAAGGAGAGCGCGGAUGGCUUGUUUCUGCGACGACGUCUCAUGUAUUUGAACAAGUCUCUUCCAGAUGCUCCACCAUCAGACGUGAACGCAUACUGUGACGAGAUUACCACCUCUUUGCAUGGUGCAUCCCACCCACCAGCUGGCACUCAUCCAGAGACCACAGGUGAAGUAGAAUCCCAGACGGUGAACGUGGAACCACCUACGGCCUCGGAGGUUUACGGCUACAUAUGUUCUCUCAAGCGCCACCGAGCUGCUGGCCCGGAUGACCUCCCAUCGUCAUUGUUCAAAGACGGGAGUAAGGUCCUCAGUCAACACUUGUCUGUUCUGUUUGCAUGCAUUUGGUCAAAGGAGUCUGUCCCAGACAACUGGGACAAGUCGGUGAUGGUGCCCAAUUUUAAAACAGGUGGCUCGUAUUUCAUUGUUGGAAGGACGAUUACGCAACCGACACAACUCGCAGACGCAUCGUGGCACUCUCUCUCCGUACAGACUUUGUGGACUGUGACAGGGAGAAAGCCAUUUAUCAGCUUUAAUAUCUCUCAAGAGGUCCCAACUGCCUCAAUCACAUCUCUUCUCUAUGCGGAAGCCAAAAGGGUCAUUCUGGGAUCUUCCAGCGCUGGAAAGCGGGACACAUUCGUCGUUCGGUUCACGGAUCCUUCUGGUGAGCCAGUCACUCCAACAUCCUCUUGCCCUCAAGCGGACGGUACACCUCUGACUUUACACCACGGACUUGCCGAUCAACGACGUCAUGUUCUCCACGGUGCAAUGGCAAUCUCUUCCGAUCAGCAAUGGAUCGCGGUAACUGACAGUCUUGGUCGCGUGCUUCUAGUGGAUUUGAAUAGGAGACGUGUGGUUCGAAUGUGGAAAGGUCUGNCUUGGUCGCGGCUUCUAGUGGAUUUGAAUAGGAGACGUGUGGUUCGAAUGUGGAAAGGCUACCGUGACGCGGAAUUAGCUUUCGUGGACGCACUCGAGCGUACUUCAGACCCAGGAAUCGACUCGGUUGCAAGGAAGCCAAUCAGUUAUCCGCGGACCACACGAUGCCUUUUCAUCCACGCCCCUCAUCGUCGCAUUUUGGAGGUUUGGAGACUUACGCAUGGACCAAGGCUUGCCACGUGGGAUGUGGAAGAGCCAGUGCGCCUUAUUCAAAUUCAGCCACAGUGGCUAGGACCAGCAGCUCCACAUUCGCUUACGUUUUUAUGUAAUACUGAGUUUGGUUUGAUACCGAUCCCGCUGAUGUUUAUGUUCUUAUUAGGACCCAUUUGUCUUUAUUUCAGACAGACAGGCGCUCAAGCGUUUAUGUUGGAUGUCAAGGGCGUUCUCUACACAUUGAGUGUAAGCCCGGAGCUGUGUCUAGCUGGUACAGACGCCGAGGCAGUCAUGGGUUAUCAUGAAUAUCAAAUCAUGCAAGAAUGUUACGCCUGCAUGGAGCGUAUCCAUACAGAUGGUCCCGGUUCGGUAUUUUCCGAACUUAUCAAGCUGUUUGGGAAUUUCAAAACCUGCUCCUGGUUUGAAAAAUCAGUCCUACACACAAUUCAUCAUCUCAGUCACUAUCCCCAUCAGCUGGCAGAAUUCUUGAAUGAUUGCGUGGAGCUUACUUCCUCACCACGCUCGUCACUUGUUCGUUCUCAUGACAAGCUCCCCGAGGUAGCUCGUCUGCGUGCUGUGUUCAUGAGACUCUGCUCCAUGACCAACUUUUUCCUGAAGUUUCAUGCUUUGAACAGGGAAUGUUUGGUGCAGUUAGCUGGGAACUCGGAGCAUGCAUCACCGUCACUUGCUUGGACCGAUGAGCUGGAAAAUAUUGCUGACUUGCUGAAUUGGGAUCCCGAAGAUGCCGAGCGCUGUCUAAAGUUGUACAGUUUCGCCAGCUCGAUUCUCAAACAAAGGACACACUUGCAGCUGUCUCGCACCAUGGAUCUACAUUCCUUCAUUGACUCCUUCAACUACCACACCGACGGUCCGAUCGACGGGCUACACUCCACCGAUGAUCUGACUUCGGUCCAUGUAAACGUUAGAGUCCAACUUCGUUCGGAGGAUUCACCCGUUCGGCUGGCUAAAAUCGGAUCCCUUAUUUUCGGUCCAUACUCCCUGGGUUGUCAGUCAUUCCAGCUGUUGAAGCAAGAACUGGAUACCGACGUAUUGCCUCCAGAGCUUCUUCUGUAUUCGCUGACGAACUUCUUACUCUACUGGGAGUUAUGGCGUGAUAUGCCGCUACUUAUCGCCCGAAUGCACCGACUAUACACCUACUUGCUGGGUCGCUUCUGUCAUCCAGCCUCAGUGGUUCACCGAACUCCAUCCGGAAUGACAACCAGGGGAGAGAUGACCUUUGAUUCGGAUUUUAAGCGUUUAAUCGCUCAGAUUUACUCCUACUGCUCGGAUAGUACGCAUAUUUCUUCGGCUUACUUGAUCAGUCUGAUCAUACGCUCUCUGGUCUACACGCUGUGGCAAGCUUCGGAAGAAGGCAGUGAUCUUCUUUUGUCCUUGUGGUCUAUCUCGCGAGAGAACAAUGAAGUUCUAAUGCGCAUCAAGACUGAAGCAUUUGUGAAUUCCAUGGAGUCGAAUCCAGCAACAGAAACAAAUUUUCAUUCAGGCGACUCGGAAGAGAUUGAGCAGCGGGUGACACUCGGAUCACCGGGGCCAAGUCCCCCCUCCGUACACUUGUCACAAACAGUCCUUAGCAAGUUGGUUGAUCAGUGGCAUGAUGCAUGCGCGCAACUGGAUGAUCUAUUUAGUUUGGGCCUGCUAGUUCAACUACCGGCCACCAACCACCUUUCCGCGAGGAAGACCGAGUCGCUACAGGUGUCUGGUUUCCCCAUCACACUGGGGCGAGCUUUGAAACGGGGACGGGCAUGCUUGACCGAGUUGUUCGCUUCGUGGCUUGUUCGCUGGCAAGUGGACGCCGACAGGUUGGCUGCACUUUACCACACACUAUGCACUUUGCCGUCCAGUGCGGAGGAGGGCAGCCAACCCGUCGGAGCGGAAUUGGCCUUAGUUGACUCUGGAAAUCUCACACCAGCUCUGUUUCAGCUCGUUUACAAACACCUUCCGUUCACACUGGAACUUCACACUGUAAUUGCCAGCAUUUCGUGGAUGUACUAUCAACUGUGGCUCAAUGAACCAGAGAAUUCCCGACAUUUGUAUCAAUCCAUCGAAUUUCUGAGUCGACUGAAUUCGGCCGGAGCUUUGAUUUCUCAAGGUCUGGCUACCCUAAUGUGGCAAGGUCGUUUGCGGUUUUGGUACGGCAAGUGUGUGAAUGCGCUACGGGGCACAAGUCAACUGCCAUCUAAGGACAAUGAAUUGAAGAAUAUAUCGAUCCUUCUGAUGAAAUUUAUGACAGUCUAUGGGAAUGCAUGCGGCAAAGCUGAAGUUGUUCCUGUCUUUUCUGUGGAGCGUGAGUGGAAUACAGACUCCACAGAUGUACAGGAGGAUGUCCAACUUUGGAGAGACGAUAACAGGGAUAUGUCUGCCGAGCCGUUUAGCCCCGACAGGAAUCCGCGUGACCAGGACACCACGUCUAGCCUUGGUCGGACGCUGAUCGCCGAGGCAGCAGUCAACCAGCCCGUGCCGGAUAUGCGCUCAAUUGCCUCUUGGGAACAGGCUGUAAUUGUGGUGAGUGCGAUGAAUGUCUUUGGUCGUCCAUUGAGACCGAAGCGUCGGCAACAAUUGCGUCUGGAGCCGGAUAUGCACACCACUCAACAAUAUUAUGAACCCGAAAACUUCUUUGUACCACAGGACUCCAGUCCAAUCACUCUUAGUUUCAAUCCGAAUUGGAUAAGCGCCUCGCUCGGCCAGGAAGUCGAUGCUGCUUUGGACAAUCGAAGACGGUUUUUCUUAUCUUGGUUGACGGAACAAGCCGUGUCUAGCUACAGGACCUCAGUGAAUUCCCUAGCCUCGACUCGACUUUCCCCUUGUGUCUCGUCGAACGUGGGGUCUGGUGAUUGGACCUCAAGUCCUCUUGAACUAUACAAGCUUUUCACCUCUGCGUUGGUUACCUUGGCUCGUCGCUGGGGCUAUCCCAAAGAUAUGGCUCUCAGUCAACACGUACUUGCUCUGUUCGAGUCCAAUCUUGACGAUCAGGCAGAAUUGUAUCUAUCUCAGUUACAAAACCCCGCCAACUUAGCCACCAGACUUCUCCUGAUUGUUGGUCAGCGUGUGGCUUGGCAGUGUUUUGGGCAUUCGGUAGCUACCUCUGAGCAGUUGCGCUGGCGUGCCUGCGUUCCUUUCGAGUUGGAAUCAUGGCUUCGCGGACUCCUGCCUGAAGCUACAAACAUGUAUUCAGAAGAAGCGUUUUGUGAUCCAAGUCUCUCACCAGCUGACAAUGUCACUCAUUUGGUGCACCUGAUUGACCUAGUGCUUCAACACCUACCUGCGCACGCGAGUCAAGCAUCAAUGGCCGAAGCAUUACGAGAUGCCAUUUACGCAAUGAUUGACUGAGUUCUCCAUACUAGGUGGUAGCAUUGUUUUCUCUCUGCUUUCUUUCCCCAUCACUCCCUACUUCCUGCUUGUACAUUAUUUUGAAGAUUGUUCAUAACAGAAAUUUUC